AUGGCGACACUCGCAAGUUUCUUAGCAAAACCCCCUUCAUCUCUAUCUUCAAUCCCAAAAAACAGUGGUCUGUACCGGCACUGUUCCUUUUUAAGCUUGGUCAACAAACAAAAACUUCUGUCGACAAACCUAGAAGCCAACCAAAGCCACUUCAAUAGCUUUAUUACCAAGGCUACAGCCGCCCCUGGCACUAAGAAAGUGGAAAGCGAUGAAAGAGUGCAGAAAGUGCACAGCAUACAGGAAUUCGACGAAGCCCUUGAAACAGCCAAAAACAAGCUCGUGGUCGUCGAAUUUGCCGCCAGCGACAGCGCCCAGAGCAGAAAAAUGUACCCUUUUAUGGUGGACCUCAGCCGUACGUGCAAUGACGUGGCGUUCCUGCUGGUAAUGGGGGACGAAUCAGAAAAGACCAGAGAGCUCUUCAGAAGAGAGAAAAUUGAAAAAGUCCCACAUUUCAGCUUCUACAAAAGCAUGGAGAAAAUCCACGAAGAGGAAGGAAUAGACGGAGAUCGGCUUAGGGGAGAUGUGCUGUAUUACGGGGACAACCACUCUGCUGUGGUUCAACUGCAUCAGAGGGAGGACUUGGAGAAGUUGAUUGCAGAGCAUAAGGUGGACCACAAGCUGAUUGUGCUUGAUGUGGGGCUCAAGCACUGUGGGCCCUGUGUGAAGGUGUAUCCGACGGUGGUGAAGCUGUCGAGGAAGAUGUCAGACACGGUGGUGUUCGCGAGAAUGAACGGUGAUGAGAAUGAUAGCUGCCUGCAGUUCCUCAAGGACAUGGAGGUGGUGGAGGUGCCUACUUUCUUGUUCAUUAGAGAUGGUGAGAUUUGCGGGAGGUAUGUGGGCUCUGGUAAAGGGGAGCUUAUUGGUGAGAUUCUGAGAUACCAAGGAGUCCGUGUGACUUAUUAG